CAGACGAAGAGGAAGAGAAAAUCCAUUGCGUUGAUUGUGUGACUGCGGACGUUGAUUCGAGGAGCAGAAGCAGCACCGCCCGUUCCAACCCUGUUUACAUUGAUAUCUCAAGUGAAAAACAACACAUAACUGCCCAAAUAUCUGCGGCCAUGGAGUCGCAUGGCAAAGAGGAACUCAAGGGACCAGUGUUACAUAUCGUGGUGGUCGGAUUUCACCACAAGAAAGGCUGUCAGGUGGAAUACUCCUACCCUCCACUCAUCCCUGAGGAGGGCCAUGACAGCAACAACCUGCCUGAGGAGUGGAAGUACCUGCCUUUCCUAGCCCUGCCUGACGGGGCACACAACUACCAAGAAGACACCGUGUACUUUCACCUCCCUCCUUUCAGUGGAGCAGAUAUGAAGUGUGUGUAUGGAGUCUCCUGCUAUCGCCAAAUAGAGGCUAAGUCCCUGAAGGUCCGACUGGCUGACGUCACCAGGGAGACGGUCCAGAAGAGCGUGUGUGUCCUCAGUCGAGUGCCUCUGUACGGUCUUCUUCAAGCUAAACUACAGCUCAUCACACACGCCUACUUUGAGGAGAAAGACUUCUCACAGAUAUCCAUAUUGAAAGAGUUGUAUGAACACAUGAACGGUUCUCUGAGAGGAACGGCUCUGGAGGGAUCACAAGUGUUCCUGGGUAAAAUUGUCCUGCUAUUCUAUCUGGCUCCAACACUAGGUAUGUCACCAAGAGAUUUAAUACUGCACUUUCGACACAAGGUUCUUAUUCUCUUCAAACUGAUUCUGCUGGAGAAGAAGGUGCUGUUCUACGUAUCUCCAGUCAACAGACUGGUAGAAGCUCUGAUGACUGUACUGUCACUGUUCCCAGGCAUGAUAGAGCACGGCCUGGCCGACUCGUCCCACUACCAGCCCAAGAGCAGUGUCUCAGAGGACAUCAGCCUGCUGGAGUGUGUGUCGGGGGCUGAGGAGUUUGUCUCUGUCUCUGUCACUGACAUCACCAACGCUACGCUGGAGCUGGUAGGGGAGGAGGGUUUCGGUGAGGACCAGACUACCACCACCUCCACGGAGGCCUCACAGCGGACAGCCUCACCCCCAGACACCUCCACCCCAGCUGGGGCUAGCACAAACCUCAAGCCCCCCUCCCGUACCUCCCCAGACUCGUCAGAGAGCGACUGGGAGACACUGGACCCUAGCGUGCUGGAGGACGUUCCAAAAGACUCUGAGACAGGGGGUUUAGGUUUGGGGGUGGAGCACCCAGAGACGUUUGACCCAGAACCAGGUGUCCCCAUCACAGUUCAGCCCCAGGGCCAGUCAGCAGGGCAAGGGGGGCAGGUGGCUGUCACUCAGGGCCUAGUGUCAGGCCUGGAGGAGGACCAGUACGGACUGCCACUUGCCAUCUUCACCAAGGGUUACCUGUGCCUGCCCUACAUGGCCUUGCAGCAGCACCACCUGCUGUCAGACGUGACGGUGCGCGGCUUUGUCGCUGGGGCAACCAACAUUCUCUUCCGUCAGCAGAGGCACCUGAGUGACGCUAUCGUUGACGUGGAGGAGGCUAAGAUCCAGAUCGGGGACCCAGAGUUGAGGAAGCUGCUGAGCCUGACCACGGCUGACCUGCGUUUCGCCGACUACCUGGUCAAACACGUCACGGAGAACCGCGAGGACAUCUUUCUGGACGGGACAGGCUGGGAGGGAGGGGACGAAUGGAUUAGGGCCCAGUUUGGACUUUACGUCCAUUCUCUCCUGUCCUCUACCUUACAAGAAGACAAUGAGAAGUUGCUAGCGGACUGGGGCACGCCCUUCAUCUCAGCCUGGAGGAUCACACACAACUACAGAGUGUGGUUCAGCAACAAACACCCAGCCAUGGCCAAGAUCACCCCAGGCCAUCCGUUCCAAGGGCAGUACAGUGCUGCUGAUCUGAAAUUAAGAUUCUCACACUCGGUGCAGAACAGCGAACGGGGGAAGAAAAUUGGAGCAGCUGUGAUCACCACCAGUCGGAGUGUCGUGCAGACCGGGAAGGCAGUAGGUCAGUCGGUGGGUGGAGUGUUAACCAGUGCUAAGUCAGCCAUGUCGUCCUGGUUCUCUACGUUGGCCCAGCCUGCUCUUUUAGCCACUCCCGCAGCCUCCCCUGAGCCUCAGUCACCUACCGAGGCCAAGCCUUGACCACCUACCUGCUGCCUGCCUCCUAACCUAACCUUAGCCUCUGUCACAGGCUUUAGCCAACAUGAGUUAAUUAAGCCUAGGAGCCGAGGAUACCCUAACCUAACCCCCUCCAACGGUCCUUCCCCGAGUGUCUCUCAAUUCAUCUUUCCUUGAUUCCCUGCAUCCUUUCUCCUGAGCUCCUUCACAAACCCUAUUGGAGAAGGUCAGAGGGGAGGCAUCUUGGACAGUGUCCUCCAAUACGGUUGAGGAGGCGAGGAGACGGGAUGUGACACACUCCUCCUAUUCCUCCUCUCCCCCUUUCUUUCAGAACCAGCUAGUUACAGAGAAGGAACCGGGGUCAGGUGGGAAGGAUAGGUUGAAUUUUGCGUGUUUGGGGAAAGGUUUUAUUUUAUGAAGGAUUUGAUUCAGGCCUCUGAUGGGAUAUCACAACACAGCAGAGGGAUCCAGGUCUUUGUCAUAAAUGAUACCCUAUUCCCUAUUUAGUUCACAACUUUUGCCCAGGGCCCAUAGAGUACUGGUGAUAAGUAGUGCACUAGGAAUAGAUGCCAUUUAGGACACAAACCUGGUCUGCAGUACCCUCUCCCCUCCAUCCCCAGGUUACAACUGCUCCAGCAUGGAGGACAGAUCGACAAGGGCAGAUGAGAAGAAUAGCCACUUGUGCUAAACAGACCGGCAGAAAUAUCCUCAGAGCCUCAGACACUUCAGAUUUCAGUGUGUUUUUCUCUGUGUGGUGGAAGACCUUUUUGUGUUUUAUCCAAUGCCAGUGUUUUGCUCUAACUGUAUUCCAACAAGGUGUAUACUGUAUAUACUGACAGUGUGAAACCAGUGCAUCGCUGGCUGGAAGCUGUUACUGUAAAUAAGAUGCUGGGUCAGAGCAAGUUAUUCUCAGUUUACUGGACAGGACAGACAACCUAUGGCCGUGUCCCAAAUGGAACCCUUACUGCACUAUAAAGAGAAGAGGGUGCCAUUUGGAACAGAUACUGUUUGUCAUUCCUUCAGGUUAAGAAAACUGCUUUUUAUCUUUUUCCUCAUUAUGUCCGCACUAUACAUGUAAUAGUGAACUUUUAUAAAGAUAGUUGGAGUAUGGGAUAAAAUGAAUUUUAGUUGUAUAUAGUUUGUUGGACUUGUACAAAUAAUAGUGAUGACACGACUGGAACCAAUCUCUACCUGAUCUAUGGCUCACUAUUGUGCAUCUGAAAUGGCACCCUAUUCAGGUCACUACUUUUGACUAAGGCCCUUCUAUUCCGUAGAAAGUGCACUACUAAAACUAGUGCUGUACGUAGGCAAUUGGUUGCACCUAUACAUAGGAAAGAUUAUAUUUCUAUGUACUCCCUAGUCUAUACUUGUUACUUUGAGAUGAUUACAGUACUUUCUCCCCAACUGUUUGUAUUGAAGUUGAACAUUUAGGAAAUAAGUGUGUAUAUAUUUAUCUUUGAGAUCUGGGACUGUAUCCACUAAAAGUCGGAGUAAGAGUGCCGAUCUAGGAUCCCAUAUAACCUUAUCAAUUACGAUCUAAAAGGCCAAACUGGUCCUAAAUCAGCACUCGUACGCAGACGUUUAGACAUGGGCCCAGGUCCAGUUUUUAAACUGUAAUAAUGACAGCUUUGGACCAUCAUCUCUUUGAUUUCCCGUCUUGACUUUUAAACUAAAAUCUGAGUCAUUCGUAUUGCCUGUAUGCUUCAUUUGUUGCUGUUGAACUCUGAAAUUUACUUUAAGUAUGCAAAGAAAAACAUUUAAUCUGACAUAUUUAGGGUUUUGAAAAUGUGAAGUUAAUUUAUGCUGCAUUAAAUAUGAAAAAAAAGA